AUGUUCCGCAGAUUUAAAGAGAUCUCGUCUGAUCUUAAGACGUCGAUCCGACGUGAAGAGAAAGACGGCAAGCAUGAGAACGAGACCGUAGUGCACGUGGCCAUGGUGAAGUACUUCCGAGAACGGGGCCUACAGCCUCCUGAAUGGCUGGAACCGGAUCACCACAGUAGAGUCGUUCAGCACCGAAUGCCGCUUGACAAGAUCCAAUCCGGGAUCCGAGAAACCAAUCAUGCGAUAAAGGGCCAAGUGGAGCAUAUACCAAAGAUCAAGGCGUCGCGAUUCAGCCCACAGAAGCCCUUGGAGCCGCCUUCCAACGGCAUUCCUCAGGCUCCGUUGCCUAGACGUACUACGACAAACAACAGUGCGCCCAAAACAGCUCACAGCAUCACAUCGCGUUUUUCGUCAGCUCGAGGGAGCCAUUCUCCAGGCCACAGCCACUCCCGGCCAGCAAAUAGCAGGUUCAACAUCAAGAAGACUUAG